UUUUUACAACUGGUUUUACAAAGAAUGUAUAUUCUAGUUUAUAAAGAAAACCAGUUUCAAUAAUAAAAGAGUUGGCUCAAACUCUGGCUCCCUCUGUCUGAAAGACUUUGUCUACAAUGCCAUAAUUUAUAAAUAAUGCAAUUAAUCAAUUAUACUGCAAUUUACACAUUUAAUUCAUUCUCUUGAAUCCCAUUUGUUGUUAAGGAUGAUGAUAUACAUCAUAGUUUUCUUACUCUUUCUUCUUCACUCAACAGGUGAGUAUUGUUAUUUAAUAGAAUCUUUAAAUUUAGACAAAAAAUACUAAUACUAAGUCAUCAAUAAGAUUUCAAACUAAACAACUCUGCAUUGAUUUAUUUGAAAUUUGUGAUGGUCUUCUCCAGUCAUUUAAUACUUUAAAGCAUCUCGAUUUUUCGUGUUUAUUUGUGAUCAAUUUGUUAAGGUGUCUAAAAGUUUGAAACAAAUUGACUUUAGCUGCUGUUAUCUAACAGAGUAUCAACUUGGAGAGAUUAAAGAGUUAUCGAAAGAACAUUGUUACGAAAUGUUUAUGACUCUGUAAUAAUCUCAGUGAUUUGAUGUUAGGAAAUUGAUGCUGACAAAUUUCUGAACGGUGGCUUGUCACCAUAUUACAGAGAAAUAAAUGCAUAUAGUGCCAUCUAGCACUUUACAUGAAUGAAAUUCUUAUUGAAAAAUAUGAAAAUGAGAGAAUGUUUUUGCAUAGGCCUGUAGAUUCUGAGCAAAUCAUUGAUAAAUGAUGGUGCAAACGUUUUUAAAUUAGCCUUAAAAUGGAGAGAAUUAAUCGGUUAAUAUUCCUAUUUAUCUCUAUUCUGUAAUUGUAAUGAUCUCAUUUCAAUAUAUCAGUAUAAAAUUUAUAUAAAGGAGCUAAGUUUACUCUCAACAGUAUAAAGCGAUAAUAUUUAAAAAAUGAUAAUAUUAAUCACGUCUGUACUUGUUUUGCAAGUUUGCUAUGGAUCGAAAUACGCUUAUACUGCCCGACUGCAUAAUGAUCUAUUUAGUGGGUAUAACAAAGAUAUAAUGUUCCCCGGAUAUGGCAAUGUUACUUUGGGAUUAAGUAUCACUGACAUUGUUGGCAUUGACGAUGAUUUAAUUACAUUUAAUGUUUGGCAGAAAAUGUUGUGGAGAGAUUACAGAUUACAGUGGUCCAUACCGCUAUACGGCAAUGUAACGACUUUACAUAUACCUACUGAUAAAAUUUGGACCCCGGACAUAGUCCUAUAUAAUCAGGCAAGAAAGGAAGAAACUCUUGUAAAAGCUCUAUCAGUAGUUUACCAUGAUGGAAACGUUAUUUAUAUUCCAAUAAAGCUGAUAACAGUGAGAUGUCCGCUGGAUGGUAGAAAGAAAGAAUACCACUGCCAUUUUAAAUAUGCGUCAUGGACUUACGAUGGAUUUGACAUAAAUAUUGACUUCAUGUCUGAUGAAAAAAUUAUUGAUUUUAGCGAUUACUCUGGAAAAUACAGAAUUGUUGGUAAUAGUGGAAAACUUGACGAGGCAAACUAUCCGUGUUGUGGGCAACCUUAUCCAUAUAUUGUAUUUACACUGAAAAUAUUGAAGGAUUAAUUUUUUUCAAUACCACAGCAACUUCAAUACAGAAAAAAGAUGGGCAAAUAGUUUAAAGUUUCUUAUUUUGUAUUUCCUAAAUUGUUAUUGAAAAUGUCGAGAUGUGUUAGUUGCUUUUGCGUUUUAUAUAUUUGCAUAAAAUAUACUUAGUUAUAACUUUCCAGUUAGCACAAUGUUCUGCAAAACAAGUGUCCCAACUGUACAAACAAACACAAACAAAAUAUAUAAUUUUC